AUGGCCCAGGCAGCUGACGCAUGCAGCGCCGCCCCAAGCUCACAACACAUUCACAUGGCGAGGCACGGCUUUCCCUGGGACCUGCGUCUUCUCCGGCAAUCCCUCGCGGUCCAGCGCCACCUCACACACCGGCCAAUUCCAGGGGACGUUGCUCUUUGUGCUGCCGACGCUGGCACAAGCGCGCCACUGUACUGGCGUGUGCCAUCGCACCUCUGCCUGGCUGGGCAUUCAAGGAGCAUCUGGGUACCUGUGCGCUCAGCUGCUUGCCCUAGCAGCGAGGCAACUGCCUCACCUCCGCGACUCACGGGCUCGCAUGACACGUUCCUUGCUUCCACAAUCGUUCCCUGGCCACCGCGAAUCAAGCUACAUUGGGGUGGCAGGUCACGCAAGGACCCCUCCUGCAGCCAGAGGAAGGACCGUAACCACGCGCUGCGUCUGCCGCGUCACUUUACAGGCCAGCGAGGGCUGCGUAACUGGGAGCCUCGCCUGGCUGCUAAUGACGGGAGAGCUGCUGACCCCAGCACUCAGCAAGCUGAAACCUGUUUUGGCCAGACACGCUCUGCGAUCAGACCUGCUCGGCGAAGCAGGGAGAGAUUGCUUUGCAAGAACCUCCGUUACAUGGCAUGCCCUGAACUUUGGCCGCUGACACGAGCACGACGCCCCUUGUCUGCAGGACAAAACCGCCCUGACAGCCAGCGCUGGGCAGGGCAGGGCCCGCCCUGCUCAAUGAGUUCACAAACUAAUCCUGGCAGCCCGCAGGGAACCCGGCGCAUUACGUACUCUGGGAGCACGAUAAGACGCCUUAUCACCAGAGUCCACCUCCCUGCCAGCCGCCAGCCCAAUUCCGGUAGGCGGGCGGGGGAGGACCGCACCGCACACCAGAAUCACCUCUCGCAGACCAAACAGAAAGGACAGAGAUCCCCACACACCGUUAAGAGCGCAUUUCUCACGGAGCAACCACUCCCUCUCUGA